GGCAUUUUUGUCUGAAAAUAGCAUAAAAUGUUUCUGCGUCAUUCUUGCCAGAUUUUCCUUUUGUGGACUAUCUUCUUGAUGCAAGAUGUUCUUGGUUUUUGUGAACGACCAGCCUGGACAAGAGUUGCUUGGGAAAUGACUCCACAGGAUCUGGAAUUGGUGACUAAAGAGCAAUCUAUCCUCUUUCAUAACUCAAUAUGUCGCAUAUACCAGUGUUUUACUGGCAUAGGACUAUCUAAAGGGUGCCUAGAAGUAUUAUAUGCUAGUUACAAAGUGGCACUUGUCAUAGCUAUAGGUUUAGCUGUACACUUCCUUUUACCCAAACUGAAACUGACAAAAAGCACAAAGUCAGAGAAUCCAACAACGGCAGUAUCAGUUGUCACAGAAAUAAAUGAUGACUAUAGCCACGACAUGAACAAAAUGCUCUACAAGUUAGUGACGAACACUUCCAAGAUGAUGAAAUACAUGAAGCGUGUCACCCAUCGUCACAAAAAAGAAAUCAAGUACCAAAAAUUAAACAAAAAGAGAAAAAAUAAUGAAUAUGAUGAAGACGAACAGCUUUUCCCAGUUUGUCUGCACAAUCAUAGCUCCAGUGCAGACACCAUAUAAUGUAUAAGCCCAUUUUUUUUUCCUUCCUAUAUUCAGCUCUUACUGAAUAUUUGGAGUGCUACUUCUAAUCCAAUAAGAUGGCAAAGGAAGUAACAAAGCUCCAAUAUAGGUUGCUUGGUAAGCUGAGUUAGUUUCUGUACAGGAUACUAUGGAUUGUACUGAAGAAGACACAAAGGGGCUAUUAAAUGUUUUAAAGUCAAACCAAAGUGAUUUGCAUCUACAAUAUCAAUAAUUAAAGACUGUAUUUGGUAGAUAAUGCAGUGAGUCUUCAAUAUGAUCUUACCUCUGUUAUAUAAAACUGAGACUGAACUUUAAUAAAAGGCUCCCUUUGCACAGGAAGCAAAGUGCUGUUUCAGCAAUUCAGCAUUCUUCAUGCUCGCUGCAUUUCAAAUAUAGUUAAUUCUAUGUGACAGAAAAAAAAAGAUGGAAAAAUCCUUUCUUCUCAGCUUUCUCUUGAUAUGAUUUCUGCUCAGGGAAAACAGGCAAGCAAAGAACAGGCAAAAGGCAAGUGAUCCUAAAAGAAUGAGAAGAUAGCUGAGCGGUUCAGUAGCUAAAAGUCAAGCUUAUGUAAGUUGCCCAGAGAUUAAAAGCAAGGAAAAGAGCCUUUUGUUUUACCCUUUAGCCUCUGAACCUGUUUGUUUGAUCAUCCUCAAGACCGUUUUACCUGCUUUGUUUUAGUACUCUUGUAUGGUGAUCAGUUACAUUUCUGGCUCUGAAGACGCCUUUGAUAAGAAAUGAUCCUUUCUUUGAGAACUGAUCAAGUACAGACACUUCUCACAAAAUGACAAAAUCAUCAAGAAUUAAAAAAGGCUCACUACAGGAAGUCCUUGACUUACAACCAGUCACUUAGUGAUGUUUAAAGUUCUGACAGACACCCCCCAAAAGACCCACAAAUAUGACCCACACGGUCACAUGAUCGUCUUUUGGGUGCUCAGCAACCAGCCCAUAUUUAUGUCCAUUUGAAGUAUCCCAGUCCUGUGACUGUAAUUUACUAUUUUUUUUUUGCCAGAAAUCAGCAUUUGUUUCUGGUUUCUGGCAAAAAACGCCAUUGUAGACAAUGGGUUUUGCUUAAUGACACUGGAUUUGCUUAACAACUGUUGCAAAAAAAUGUUGUAAAAUUGCAUCAGUCAUGUGAUAACCUACUAACCAUCAGCGUGAUUUCCAGGCUCAAUUACAGUCCUAAGUCAAGAACUAUCUGUAUUUUUACCCAAACUAAUAAAUAUGACGGUAUCAAUAACACUCAAAAUACUGUUAACAAGAAUUGCAAAGCCAGAAUUGGGAUUCUUCUUGGUGUGACCAACAGAUUCAAAAUCAAAGUUAGUGGGAGAGAAACAUACCAGAGAGCAUACUUUGUUGUAUUAAUUUUACUGUCAAAAUUUUGUUUUAUGCAACAUGCUAAAUCAAAACUAAACAAACUGCAUUACAGUUUGAUGCAUAAAGAUAGCAUCUCCAACUUUAGAGAAAAAUCAGGAGGAAUUUUUAUAACUUUUCAAACUAGCAAAUUUUAAUGAAAAGCACAAAUUUUCAGAAACUAUAGCUCAUACUUUUUAAUAAAAUGUUUUGGUUUGAAAA